GCUGUACAUGAUGAAACAGAAAGACCAUCCAGAGUAACCAUGUGAUCAGAAAGAAUAUUUCUAGCUACACGUGGGCCUAAUAAAAGUAUUUCUGUUUUAUCAGAAUUAAGAAGACAAGCUCUUGUUGAAAGUGAGAGGUUUUUCUCUUUUACCUUGUACUCAGUAACUGUGACAGUCAGGUUGUUGAGCAAAUGAACUCUAAUAUAUUAAACACAAUGAAAAUACACAAUGUAUAACAAUUCAACAUAAACAUUAGUGAAAGACUGUAGAGUUCUGAGACAAAGAACGAAACUCCACCCGCAUGGCAUCAGAGGCCUUAUCCAAUAGAGAGACAAACACACAGAUACGUUUCAAGAGCAAUGGAACAGAUUACAGUUUGCUAAAAUGUAGAUGAUGGACAGAUGAGACAAAGAUUAAGCUGUAGCAGAGUGAUGAAAAGAGGAAAGUGUGAAGUAAAAAGAAAACCGCUCAUGAUCCAAAUCAAAGCAACACUUCUGGGAAACAUGGAGACAUGGACAUUUAUGGAAGACAGUAGAACUUGUCUUUGUUUUUCCCUGAUACAGAUAGAAAUGGGAUUAAAAUAUGGUGUUUUAUUCAACAGUUGAACAGUUGAACAGCUGCACUGGGAAAAAAACACUCCAUGAAGUAUUUAACUGUUUAAAUAUAAACUAUUACAAUGAUUCACUAUCUGUUGUUAUGUUUUAUAGAAAUUGUUAAAAUUGUAGCUGAACAUAGUUGUACUGAAAGCACAGAGUGAAGAUUGUUUAGCAGCGAUUCUAUUUGUAAAUCGUAAGUUUUUCUCACUGUAUUUUAUCUAACAUUACAUUUCUUUCUCUUGCUUUACACAGAACUUAGGAGUAUGGUAAGUAAAUAACUCGACUUCACAAGAAAGCUAGCGGCUGAUAUUGUAUAAACUUAUCACAUAUACUACAUUUUAAUCCAGGGAUCAAAUAGAAAUAUAAAAAGCAAUUUCAGAUCAUGUUUAUGUGAAGGACUCUGAUCAGUAAGUGAGAUUCCACUUCCGUCAGUCAGCUUUUUCCCACAAUGCUCCUGUGCAUAACCCCACUGCACUGCAAUAAUGUACGCAGUGACAUUUACCAUGUCGAGUAAAAAACAGAACAAACAUGCAACAUAUAACACACACCACUGCCAGACUCCAUCAGAAUCUCUCUCAUCUUAUACAGUCCAUUUUCUCCUGCACUAAUAAGGAGCUACACCUCAGUAUGGGGAGGAGAUCUCAAUGCACUAAUGAGUGUGAUGGCUAAUUGUAAAACCUUAACUAGCUUACCUUUGUUUAUGAAGAGACACACAACCUGUGUUAUGGUCAGAGUAAAAGUUAUUUUCUACAUUUACAAUUUGUCAUUAAACUCUCGUACCAUGCACAAAACAUUUACACUUUAUUAUUCACAUCCACAGCUGGGAGGAGAGCGAGAUCCUCCUCUAAAUGAAGACAUCUAUGUUUAUCAGAGUGACAGAGAAUGGACAGAAGAUGAGAGAGUGGAAAUGGAGAAAUCUGCUCUAUGGAUUGAAUAUAACAAAGAUGAAAAAAAGGGUUUUACUGAAUUUGCAAAGAAGAACCGAAAACUGAAAGAAAUUGAAGAGCAGCUAAAAAACACUAAGCUGGAACUGGACAGCAUGUGUAAAUCACUGGAACAUAAAGAGCAACAGCUAGAGGACUGUAAAAGAAUAAUAAAGAAUAAAGAUACAGAACUGAGAGACAGAGAGAAAAUCAUGCAGGAGAAAGAUACACUACUCAAAGAUACAAAUACAAAACUAGAAAAGACGAUUAAAGAGCUACAGGAGAAAGAAAGAGCUCUACAUGAGAGAGCUCAACAACUGAAACUGAAAGACACGCAGAUGCAGGAGGCACAAAUACAAGUGGAGGAAAAGGAGAAAAGACUUGUGGAGAAGGAUAAAAAAUUAAAUGAGAAAAAUGAACAGCUGAAGGUUCUAAAAAAACGUUUAGAGACUAAUGAGAAGCCUCUUUCUGAGAGAGGUGUAAUGUUAAUGGACACAAAUGAAAAACUUAAAAAUGCCACUGAACAAAUUAAGGAGAAAAUCUCAGAACUGGAGAAUAUGAACAAACUGCUGAGUGAGAAAGAAACACAGCUGAAGAACACAGAUGAAGAGCUGGAAACUAGUAAAAAUAAACUGGAGACACUGGGACAGGAGCUGCAGGACAAGAAGAGACAGCUACAGGAGAUGAUGGUCAUACUGGAGCAACAGAAAACUGAGUUAGCAGAAAAAAACAAACAGAAUGAGAGAGAAACACAGCUAAUGGAAAGAGACAAACAGCUUCAGGAGAAAUACACACUUCUAGAGGAGAAAAAAAAGCAGCUGCAGGAACAGACAUAUCCAGAAUCAUCAGCUCCCAUCAGAAGAAGAAACAGCAAUGAUUGGUUACCUCCAGCAAUGAGCGGAGAGUCUCAGGACUCAGCAGCACCAAUCAGGAGAAGAAAUAGUAUGGAGGGAAGAUGCCUAAAAUUGGUUGGAGAAUCGUCUAGUCCACAUUCUCCAGUGUCGGUUCCUGUAGCCGAACUGAGGCUGGUGCUGCUGGGAAGGACUGGGUCUGGAAAGAGUGCAGCAGGAAACACCAUCCUGGGCAGAGCGGAGAGGAACCAGGCUACUACAUCUACAGCUACAUCUACAUCCACCCAACAGAGUGAGAGCACACAGGGAGAGGUGGCUGGGAGGAAGGUGUCUGUGGUGGACACAUCUGACUGGUUCUCUCCUGGACUCUCUCUGGAGAAGCUGAGACAGGAUGUGGGACUUUGUGUCCGUCUGUCUGCUCCAGGAACCCACGCCUUCCUCCUGCUCAUACCUGUAAAGCAGCCUAUAGGAGAGGAGCGAGGCACGCUGGAGAAAAUGGAGGAGAUGUUUGGAGAGAGAUGUUGGAGAAACACAAUGAUCAUAUUCAGUGUUACUGAUGAACUUCAGAAGAAGAACAUUGAGGAGUUUAUCCAAUCUGGAGACCAGGAGGUCCAGAGACUUGUAGAGAAAUGCGGGAACAGGUUUCACUGUCUCAACAUUAAGGAGAGUGGAGAUGGUUCUCAGGUCUCAGAGCUGCUGGAGAAGAUAGAGAAGAUGGUGGAAGGAAGCAGGGAGAAAUUCUACAGCAGUGAGAUCUACCUGGAGACAGAAUCUCAGAUUAGAGCAAUGGAGACAAAGAUCCUGAAGGAAAGAGAAGAGAAAAGAAUGAGAGUGGAGAUGGAGAUGAUGAAAAAAAUAGAAAAGGAGAUGCAUGAUUCUCUGAGAAAGAUAGAGGGAGUGAUCCAGGAGCAUGAAGGAGACAUCAGACAACUUAAUGACCGAACAACUGAACUGGAGAGAAAGAUGAAAGAAGAGAAGGAUGAGGAGACAAAGAGAGAACUUGGGAGGGAGCUGAAACGAGAGGUAGACAGAAGGACAGAGAUGGAAGAAAAGGUGAAGAAACUAAAAGAAAAGAGAGAGAGGGAGAGGAGAGAGAUGGAGGAGAGGCACCAACAGGAGAUGGAGGAAAUCAGGGAGGUGUAUGAAGGAGAAGUCAGGAUGGAGGCAGAGAGAAACCUCAUGAAGAUCAUCCUGCCUGAACUCCAGAGAAACAUUUUGGCCUCAAAAACAAAGAUGCAGGAAGAGUUCAGCAGACAGAUGGAGGAGAAGCAUAGAGAGCUGGAAACUCUUAAACAGAAACUUUCAGAGCUCACAGAGAUUCUCAGACUGAGGGAUGAAGUCUAACAGACAACAGUGAUGAGCUUAACAUAUCAGAACCAGCAGCAGCUUUAAACUGAGUUAACAGUGUAUGUAUGACUUUGGGUAAAAAUCACAGAAUUAUUUUUAUUGUGGCUUGAAAUCGGCAGUCUUAUAUAACUGCAUUAUUUUCUUGCUCACCACCGUGUUUUAUUCCAUAAUGGUGCUAGUUAAGGGAGUCUAUAAUGAUAUAAACACAGGAACUGAAAUCAUGUAGUGACACUUUUCCUGUGUUUAAUAAUGUUAUGAUGUCACUUUUUAAGCUUAGUUCUCCUGCUUUCUGGUUCUGCUUCUUAAUUCAUGUCUCAUUUCUGUAAUAGAAACACAACAACAUACUCUAUAUGUGUAAUCCAGUUGUAUAUAUUUUAUUAACGAUGAAUUAAACAUUUUUUACUUUAUAUGCAAAUAUAUAAGAAUAUAAAUAAGAAUUGUAAUAAAUCCCUCCACCAGUAGAGGCCAACAACAAGCUGUUAUUUAUUUUUCUUUCUCAUGAUGGAAGGCAGGUUGGAUCCUUAUUUCUGCACAUCAGUGGAUGAGUAACAGCAGAACAGAUCUAUGCAUUGGGCGUGGUCACUGAAACAGUCUUAUUCCUGUACAGCUCAUCCUCUCUCUAAUUGCUGCUCCACACUGCAGCUUUCUAUCAGGAUCCAUCACCUGCUCCAACACACCACACUGAGAGUUAAUUACACACGUCAUGUUCAAUUCAGAACCAGGAAACAUCUGCAGUUUCACCAUAUGUGUCUAAUUAACUCAGUUAUGAUCAGAUAAACACUGUAACUUGAAAAGCAGGAAUAUUCUUAACAUGAACCUACAAUCUACUUGAAUUAAAACCUGACAGAGUGACUGAGGAAAGAUGUGACAAUAAAAUGUUAGUGUGAGUGUUUAAGUGUUAAAAUGUUCACUUUGGAAAAGUGAGUCUGACUCUCAGUGUAGAUGGGGGGAUGAAAUGCUGUGUGUUCUGGACAAGAGGUGAGUCGAAUCCACUUAAAUUCAGAGACAGACCAGCUCCAACUCACUUGAUAACCCUAAAGAUGCCAUCAUCAUCCGUCCCGAAAACUUCAAGGCGAACAGUGGCUUGUGACCUUAGAUUUUGGUGGAGCAGGACAACAUUAAUAAUGACAAAGCCUCAAACAACAUGAAGUCGAGAGGAUAUUACACCUGACUUAAGCUAUAGGCUACUAUCUAGUGAAUAUUUGAGUAACUCUGUAAAAGGCAGUUGAGAUUCAACAACGUUCAGUCAUACAACGUACAGUCUAGCAGCUUAUUAACACUGCAGCAGGACUACCCAAACAUCACAGAUAGAUAGAUAGAUAGAUAUAUAGAUAGAUAGAUAGAUGAACUGAAAUCUUCAGAAUAAAACAUUAUAAACAUCAUUAAUGAGAUUGAUACAAGUUUUGAUCAACAGUCUCAAUAUCAUCUGUUGCAUAAGCUUUGCACUGACAUCAACUAGUGUACUUAUUGGUUUGGGGUUCUCCAUGCCAAACUUUUUCAACACAUUCUUUGUGUAAGUUGUCUGACCCAUCCAGAUUUCUCCUGGGGUUUUUUGUUGUUGUUGUUGUUUUGUUUUUUAAUAACUUUAACUCCCAGAAAAUGUUUCAGCUCACCAAUGUCUUUGACUUCAAACUGAUUUGCCAAAAUCCUUUUCACUUAACUUAUUCGCUCAUUACUGUGACCAGCAAGAAUUGUGUCAUCAAUAUACACUGUAGUGUAGAAUGUCACACCCUCUGCUGCAGUAUAAAUACACGGAUCACCUGUAGUUUGUGUAAAUUUCAUUUUACACAAACUUUUCUUACUUAUGACAAUUAACAUAGGAAGGGAACUAAUAUUUGAGAUGUACUGUUCCUAAAAUGUGGUAGUCACAAUAAGUUUACAGCUUAUUUAACAUGAAUAAACAAUUUAACGCAUUUUAGCACAGCACCCGUGGGACACAUAUCACUGACUGGAAGACAUAAAACAUCUUAGUAACCAAACUUAUGUAGUAUAAGCAGUAGUGAAAUUAUGGUAUUGUGAAAUAUUUUUCCUUAUUUUCCAUUAUUAUGAUUCAAUCAUUUAAGAUCAGCUCAAUGUGAUUUUGCUUACUCAUGGUUUUAUUAAGUUUUUGUGUUUCUGUCCUUGAUUAUGUUGUUGUCAAGGUGUUUUAUCUUUUAUCUCAUGCUUUUCUCUUAUGUUUUCUUUAACUAGCCUUAGGUAUGUUGCUUGCACAUACAUCUGAGUAUAAAACCCAACUGUAUCCAAUUUAUGUUUGGACUAAGAUUGAGACUACGAAAUGCUGUAGUGCCCAGGGU